AUGCUGUUCGUCGCCGCGGGCGCCGCCUCCUUGGGAGCGGCAGACGUGCUGUCGCCUCAAGACGUGCCCGUGCAGUGCGCGACCAUCUGCGGCCCCAUCGUGGACCUCUCGUCCCAGUGUGCGCCCGCCACGCCCAGGGGGCCCAAGGCCGGCGGUUCCGCGAGCGAGGCCGGCGCUGUCGCCGUGCCGGCAGGGCGGCGGAGAGCAGACACGGGCAGGCAGGGCGGGAAGCGGUCGCAGACCGACGACCAGAACGCGCAUCUGGACGGGCGCUUCUCCGAGGCAAUCUCUUGGCCGACGUCCUCGGCGGCGGCGCAUCCCGACAGCGGCCCCCUCGAGGGACACCCACGCCCCGAACGGACGGCGACAAUCUUGCUCGUCAUUGUCGAGCCGGCGGACCCUUCGCCGCAGCGCCAGCCUCCCGCUCCCCCGGCGGCACCCGACACAUCCUCCCGGCAGUAUGCGCCGCCGAACGAGACCGUCCCCCAAGGGCCUGGGAAACUGGCAUCGCAGCCCGUCGGCUCGGGCGAAAACCCGGCGAAUACGGCGACGAGCGAGACGGCGGACAGCGUGGUCAGCACGGCAGGUCCCGUUGGCGAUGGCGCCAAGUCCACGGACGUCGAGGAGCAGUGUGUGUGCGCCAACAAGAGCUUUGACGUGCCGCGGGUGGCGGCACUGUGUGCGAGCUGCAUCACCAAAACCGGGCUUCAGGAAACCAGCAUGCGGUCCAUCAUGUCGGCGUGCAAGUUUGCAGAGCGAACCUACCGGCCGGCCGACGAUGGCAUAGUGGACAACGUGCGUGUCUCGGCGACGAGGCCGACGGCGAUGCUGGGCUCCAAAGCCGGCCCUUCGAGUGCGGGCCGCGGUGUGAGUGUGGCACGGCGGCGAGGGAUGGGGGACGCAAGCGUCGCGGCGUGCGUGUUGACCUUGGUCUUGUUGGCGACGUGA